AUGUCGUCCCCAAACACUCGACGCCAGCCGACGAACCAGGCCGUCGAGCUCUCGCCUGAUGGUGCGGGCGCAUCUGCCCAAGGCUCCCAAGGUGCAGCCGCAGAGUGGAGACCGCCGCUCCAGAGACACACUCUACCUGGCGGCGUCAUCGCCUUUGUCACCGUGCGAGUACGGAUUAUGGACGGCGACAGCGAACAUGACUAUAUCACCAAGUUCCCAGGGGACCAAACCCUCUACGUGCAGAUGAUAUUGGAUGCCGUCGCCGCCCGAGUGAACAUAUCUCCGGAAAACAAGUCGCUUUUCGGACUGUGGGUAGUCGGCCGCGAUUUAGAGCUACAGCUCCGCCCCAAGAUGGACAUAUUUGAACUGAUGUUCCGGUGGACGAUGUGGACGGAGAAAUACACACACUACCCGGAAUGUGGCGUCCCGCAGCAUCCGAUCAAUCGUCACUGGUUUGUCUAUCGACGAGAGAUCAGCAUCACCAAGCAGAUCGAGUCGACUGUGACGGAGGAAGCGUGUAUUCGACUACUCUAUGGCGAGGCUAAACGGAACGUCCUGACAGGCCGAUUCCCGUGCACCGUGCAAGAGGCAAUCCAGUUGGCCGGUAUCCAGCUACAGAUUAUGCAGGGCGACUCUGAUCCUGAGCGCCACCCGUAUGGAUAUCUGACCCAAAAUGACACUUGGAAGCAAAUCAUUCCGUUCCAACAUCACCGAGCCAUGGGCCACUCCAAGUGGGAGGCGCAUAUCGGCACCGAAUACGCCAAGCACAAAGGAAACUCCGUCAUGGAUGGCCAGCUCAAGUACUUGGCAGUGGUGCGCAAAUGGCCGGCAUACGGCUGUGCGUUCUUCCCGGUUUCCCAGGAAGUACCACCGUUUGGCUUUUUCGAGUUCCGAAUCCAGAGAUGGCUCAUUGGGAUAUCGUCUGAGCAUCUGGUCGUCAUUGACAAGGACAAAUCGAAAUAUGUCCUGGUCGAGUCCGUCAACGACCUCAAAUGGAAAUACUCUCCUGACACAGUGGUUUUCCACUACAUGCGAGAUGGCACUGUGCAUCAACUUCGGGUGGUGUCCCCGCAAUCCGCUCUCGUCCACAACGUGGCCCUCAGGAUGAAGUACCUCCACAAGAAACGCGAGAUCGGGAUGGUCUCAGCGAUUUCUGGAGAGCCCGCGAGUGCUCGGGCUCCUUCUGCAGUAGCAUCGACGUCUAUGGGUAUGCCUAUGCCUAUGCCUAUGCCGAUGGCGACUCCAAGACAGGCCGCGGCGCCAGCAUCCGAAACCACUCCAAAGUUCGUUGCCAUCUACGAAGCCGCAAAGACUGCCGUGCCUCCCUCGCCGCAGCCCGAUUCCAAUCGAUCGGCCCGAAACGCAUACCCCAUGUCACCUGUACCUGCACCUCCGCCGCUCUAUACUACUGGCGAGCGACCCGGCCAUGAGCGGUCGCCGACGGCACCGUCGACCCUGGAUCGCACGCCAACCACACCGAGUGCUCUUCCGCCAGACGAGUUUGUCAGCUCGCCGUAUGUGGCCACGAGACGCAAGGCCAAGGCCAAAUCAAUGACUCCCGCUAAUGCCCAGCCUUCAGAAACAGCGCUGCCGCUGCUGCCGUCGGAGACCUCGAGCAGCUUCCUCUUGGACGGCCCUCUCAGGGCCGAGGCUGGCACUGCUCCGCAUUCGCCGCAAGUGCCAAGGAGUAGCAACAACCGGCCGCUCUCAAUUGAAUCCGGCAGCUCCUCCGCCGACGAAGUCGACCCCUUUGCGCCAGCGCGACCGGAUGAUCGGCAAGGCUCUGGUCAAGCAGGCCAGCUGGGAAUCCCAUCGACAGGCCCACAGGGCCGCAGCCGAGCACGCUCCAUCGGCGAGCCGCACAAACUGAGUCUCCUGACCUCAUCACCGGCUGUGAGCCGAUCGCCAUCCAUUCGACGACCCGGAGCUCUUAUCUCGGCAGCAUUCAAGCAGCCUUCUUUCCGACGAGCCAAUCAGGACGAGCUCGAGUUCACCAUGAUGGGACCAGUCAGCCAGAUCGACGACGGCCAAGACCAUCCGAUGUGAGCGUGUUCGAUUGUGGCCAAGGGAGCCGGUGCCAGGCAACGGGAACAUGGGAUAGCCAUUUACCAGCCAGCCAAGCUGGGCCCAGUGGAUUGGGCCUUUUCGGCUGUCUGUGUGAGCAGCUGCGGUUUACAAUAUCGAGGGUGGGUGUGAGUAGCAGACGCAAUAAACGCUACGAG